UUGCCCUCAUUUUUCUUCUGAGUGAAACGGUGGGGUGGGCCUUUUGGUAGAAAAGAAAGUGGUCAUGUAUUGGGCUGGAAUAAUUUCUCCCAGUAAACUGAGGAUGAAGUUGUUAGGGCCUCAUCAUCAUAGGAAGAAGGAUGGAUCCAAUAGUAAUUCAUCCAGAACUUCCCCUUCAAGGCUUGAAGAUGCUGAAUUUGUUAAUAGCUUACUUGCUUCAAAAAAUGACAACCUUGAAGAUGAAGUUACAUCUCCAAGCUUAGAGGUUCUAUCAUUAAAGCCAUCCAGUGAUGCUGUGGUGGACCGGAAACAGAGUGGGAAGAUUUCCCAUGAAGCAAAGGAGACAAUAGCGAAGGAAAAUGGUGAGACGGGUCGUGUAAAGAUGCAGCAUUUUCAGAAGGUUGUUGGUAGUGGAAGUUCAAGCACAAUUCACGCGCUGAGAUCAGUGGAAGAUGAAAAUCUUGAUUAUGACAGCAAUGCCAGCUCGUCGAGUUUUGAGUUUGAUAAAGGAGAGAGACCGGGGAACAAUCCUGCCACUAGAUCUCUAUUCAGACCUAUUCCUUCUAAGUGGAACGAUGCCGAGAAAUGGAUAAUGAAUAGGCAAAACAUACAUGCUAAUCACUCCAAAAAACAUGUUGCACAUAACCAAGCGAAUCGCAUGGCAUCAAGCAUGGUGAGGGUUGCUCCCGAGUCUGCUCAUUAUGAUCAUAAGCUCCCCACAGGCAAGGUGACGGAAACGAAGAGAGUUGAUUUCUGUCAACCCACAUCACAUACGGGAUUUGAAAAGUUCUCUUUUGUUCCCUCCGAUGCUCAUUCAGUUUCAGGUCAAGCACAUGGAGCAAAUCCAGUGGUAGAGUCUUUUCCCCAGAGCAAAGAUUUGAAGGAAGUGAAUGAAUUGGUUCUAUCUUCCUCAAGAGGAACAGAUGAUCAAUCAGUGAUGCCUGGGAUAAGAUCCGUUGCGAUGAGAGACAUGGGAACUGAAAUGACCCCUGUGCCAAGUCAAGAACCUUCGCGGACAGCUACUCCUGUUGGGUCUGCAACUCCACUACGGAGCCCAGUUUCGUCGAUGCCGUCGACUCCUCGGAGAGGUGCACCAGCUUCAACACCUUUGGACAACAUGACCGAUGAGGAUUCCCAGUUUCCCGUUGAAAAUGGCAGAACACAUUUGUCUGAAGAAGAGAUGAAGAUAAAGACAAGGAGAGAGAUUGCAGCCCUUGGAGUGCAGCUUGGUAAGAUGAACAUUGCUGCAUGGGCAAGCAAAGAUGAGCAGGAAAAGAACCAAUCUUCUCCUCAGGGCACCAAUAUGCAAGAACAGGAGAGAAUUGAAUUUGAAAAACGUGCUGCUAUGUGGGAAGAAGCUGAGAAAUCUAAACAUACUGCCAGAUUUAAGCGUGAGGAAAUCAAAAUUCAAGCAUGGGAAAGUGAGCAAAAGGCAAAAUUAGAAGCCGAAAUGAGAAGAACCGAGGCGAAAGUAGAGCAAAUGAGAGCACAGACGCAUGCAAAAAUGGUGAAAAAGAUUGCUAUGGCGAGGCAAAGGUCAGAAGAAAAGCGUGCUGCAGCUGAAGCUAGAAAAAAUAGAGAAGCAGAAAGAACUGUUGCUCAAGCAGAAUACAUACGCCAAACAGGACGAUUACCCUCUUCCAGUUACAUAUGUUGUGGUUGGCUGUGAUAUAAACCUUAAAGAUUGCACUUGAAAGAAGAUGCACCUCACUCCUUGAUUGCUUAUCUUUCUUACCAAGAUGAUAUGGAUCAUCAAAACUGUCUAUAUCAUCUUAUACGUUACUUGAAACCUUGUAAUUUUCAAACAACUGAGUGCAAGUUGCUACUUCAUUAAAGUGAUUGCCGAGUGAUGUUUACAAGUUACGAAGAGAGAAAUGUUUGCUUCGAUGUACCUGGUCUUUUCUAUUUCAUUUUAUUGUAAAUUUUCUUGUGAUUUUGCUUUUAGCUUUUGGUGCUAUUUCAAAUUCGUGUUGCAGAACAGAGAAUAUUCAGUGCAUGGAUGGAAUAGAAAUGAAAAAGGUCUAAGCUUGAA